CAAGCUUUUAAAAACAUGUUCAUGACUGCAAUGUCAGCCUCAAUGUCAAUAUUUUUGGAAUUUCUAACUACAUCACAACCACAAUUGUAGCUGCAUCAUCCACAUUAGUCAUUCAUUUUUAGCAUAACAAACAAGCUUUUAUUAAAAACCAAUUCAUCAUUUUGGUCAAAAGGUCAAGAAGAUUUUUGGAGUCGUCAAUUACAUUAUUAUCUCAACUGUGACUGCAUCAUUUACAUUAGUCAUUCAUAUUUUUUGCAAUUUCAUCCACUAGGUCAAAGUUUUGAUACUGUUUGUUGCUCUAGUUGUUUACACCGCCUUGUUCUUGUUGUGCUCAGCCAAUUUCGCCAACAUCAUCCACAUUAGUCAAUCAGUAUUAGCAGUAUCAAGGAUCACAACGAAACUGCCACCAUGAGGCCUAAACCUUUGAUAACAAGCAUGGCUUCCAAAUAUCAAAACAACCACUACUACUACAACUACAACUACAACAAUCCAUCAUUUGUUGUUGUUUUGUUCUCAGUGGCCACCCUCUUGUGUUUCUCCCACUCAGCACUAUCUGAUCCAAGAAUCUCAGAAGUGGGGCACUACUGUGGCACACACAAGGCACAACCAAGUGACAACUACUUCCACAUUUUCAUCAAUGAAAUGGAAAGGCUUCAAGAUCUUGUGACAAAACACAAGUGGGGUGUUCACUCUGAGAACAUGUCUUCAACCACUCCUAUGUAUGGUUUGGCACAAUGCUUCCAAGACCUUUCCCACACUGAUUGCCUUCAGUGCUUUGCUGAAAGCCGCACCAAGCUUCCUCGCUGCCUCCCUUCAGUUUCUGCUCGCAUUUACCUUGAUGGUUGCUUCCUUCGCUAUGAUAACUACAGUUUCUACACUGAGGACACUGACCCUUUGAGGGACACAGUGAACUGCACCUCUCAGAAUGGUGCUGUGGUUGGUGAUGCUGAAAAGUUGGUGUUUAAUGAGAGUGUUGGUGAAGUGGUUGAGAGUGUGGUGAGGGAGGCAGUGAAUGAGGGAGGAGGGUUUGCAGUGGGAGAAGGUGAGGGAGUUUAUGCCUUGGCACAGUGCUGGAAAAGUGUUGAGGGGAAAGGGUGUGAUCAUUGCUUGAGGAAAGCUGGAAAUGAGGUUAGAGGGUGCUUGCCUAGGAGGGAAGGGAGGGCCUUGAAUUCAGGGUGUUAUUUGAGAUAUUCAACUGUUAAGUUCUACAAUCAAGGAGGUCAUGAUGGUGAAGGGGAUGAUUCUUCUAGAAAACGAACCAUCAUAGCAGCAGUGUUAGUUUUGGCUGCAGCAAUUGUAGUGCUCUCUCUCGCGGCCUUCACCAAAUUAUCAAAGAGAAAAAAAAACAAUUCCAUUGAGAUUCCCUCUUCCUUAAAGAAUUCUAGCUUGAAUUACAAAUAUGAAACUCUUGAGAAGGCCACAGAUUAUUUCAGCUCUUUAAGAAAAAUAGGCCAAGGAGGAGCUGGUUCUGUAUUCAAAGGAACUCUACCAAAUGGGAAAGAUGUUGCUGUUAAGAGAUUAGUCUUCAAUAAUAGGCAAUGGGUGGAUGAAUUCUUCAAUGAAGUGAAUUUAAUUAGUGGAAUGCAACACAAAAACCUUGUCAAACUAUUGGGGUGUAGCAUUGAAGGCCCUGAGAGCCUCAUUAUGUAUGAGUACCUACCUAACAAGAGCUUAGAUCAAUUCAUUUUUGAAAAGGACAAAACAAGGAUUCUAAAAUGGAAGCAGCGGUUUGAUAUAAUUCUUGGAACUGCAGAAGGGCUUGCAUAUCUUCAUGGAGGCUCUGAAACAAGAAUCAUCCAUAGAGACAUCAAAAGUAGCAAUGUUCUUCUUGAUGAGAAUCUCAAUCCCAAGAUUGCAGAUUUUGGUCUUGCCAGGUGCUUUGGUACUGAUAAAACUCAUCUAAGCACUGGAAUUGCUGGAACACUAGGUUACAUGGCUCCUGAGUAUCUCAUUCAAGGACAACUUACAGAUAAAGCUGAUGUCUAUAGUUUUGGAGUACUUGUUCUAGAAAUUGUAUGUGGCUGGAAGAAUAAUGUCUUCCGUGAGGAUUCUGGUUCCCUUUUGCAAACAGUUUGGAAACUAUACCAAUCAAAAAGAUUGGCUGAAGCUGUUGAUCCUUGCUUGGAAGAUGAUUUUCCAGCAGCAGAAGCAUCAAGGGUUUUUCAAAUUGGAUUACUAUGCACACAAGCUUCUCCUUCCCUGAGGCCAUCCAUGACUCAAGUUGUUUGCAUGUUAAGUAAUUCAAAUUUAGACGUCCCUAUACCAAAACAACCCCCAUUUUUGAACUCUAAAUUGCUAGAUCAAACACCUCCAUUAGGAUUUAGCACAGACAUCUCCUCAUCAAAUGCAUUUAAGGUUGGUGUGUCCAACAGCUCCUUUGAGUCCUCUAGUACACGCAGCUUAAUUAGGCCAUCAAGAAGUGAAGAAAAAAUUAUGGAAGCUUGAUUCCCAAUAACUCCAUGUUUUUGGGAGGUUUCCUAACCAACCAACCAAAAAGAAGGAUAGAGUAUGUUACAUUUUAUCUCAAAAUCAAUUAACCUUAAGUGAACUUAGCUCCAACAUAUUUCUAGAAAGACAUGAGACUUUGCAACAGUAAUAGAGGCAAGCAAUGUGACUUUUUCAAUAGAAUAGAUAGACAAGUAAAAUUCUAAUGACAUGAACUUGACAUCAAGUAUAUACUUUAACAAAGGAUGUUUUCAGCUCAAACAUAAUUGUCUUUGUAGAAGGUAUUUAUGACCUCAUAUUUAUAUGUAUACUCGACAUGUAAACACUUAUAAGAAUUCGAAAUUUGGUAAAUCCAGA